AUGUGACGGCGCGGGGAACGUCUCUGCGACCCCUCCCAUUGGUAGCCAUCUUGCUGUCACUCUGUGCGGAAGUUGCUUCUACCCUAGACAUGGCGGCUCGGCUCCCGGCUUGUGUGGUGGAUUGUGGCACUGGAUACACCAAACUUGGAUAUGCUGGGAAUACAGAGCCACAGUUCAUCAUCCCAUCAUGCAUUGCUAUCAAGGAGUCGGCCAAGGUGGGAGACCAGGCUCAAAGGCGCCUUAUGAAGGGGGUGGAUGAUCUGGACUUCCAUAUCGGGGAUGAAGCCAUAGACAAGCCAACAUAUGCAACUAAGUGGCCCAUUCGCCAUGGGAUUGUGGAAGAUUGGGAUCUCAUGGAGAGAUUCAUGGAACAAGUUAUCUUCAAAUAUCUCAGAGCAGAACCUGAAGAUCAUUACUUCCUCCUGACUGAACCCCCCCUAAAUACACCAGAAAACAGGGAAUACACUGCUGAAAUCAUGUUUGAGUCUUUCAAUGUUCCAGGACUGUACAUUGCUGUUCAGGCUGUUCUUGCUCUGGCUGCAUCCUGGACUUCUCGACAGGUGGGAGAGCGCACGCUCACUGGCACUGUCAUAGACAGUGGUGAUGGAGUUACACACGUCAUUCCUGUGGCAGAAGGUUACGUCAUUGGCAGCUGCAUUAAACACAUUCCUAUUGCUGGUCGGGACAUAACCUAUUUCACACAGCAGUUACUCCGGGACAGAGAAGUGGGAAUUCCACCUGAGCAAUCCCUGGAAACUGCCAAGGCUGUGAAGGAGAGGUUCAGCUAUGUGUGCCCGGAUUUAGUUAAGGAAUUUAGCAAAUAUGAUACUGAUGGUGCCAAAUGGAUCAAACAGUACACAGGGGUGAAUGCAGUUUCUAAGAAGGAAUUCAGCAUUGAUGUUGGCUACGAGCGCUUCCUGGGGCCCGAAAUCUUUUUUCAUCCAGAGUUUGCCAAUCCAGAUUUCACCCAGCCCAUCUCUGAAGUGGUGGAUGAAGUAAUCCAAAACUGCCCUAUUGAUGUUCGGCGCCCACUGUACAAGAAUAUUGUACUUUCUGGAGGGUCCACUAUGUUCCGUGAUUUUGGAAGGCGCUUGCAGAGAGAUGUAAAGAGGACAGUUGAUGCCCGGCUGAAGCUGAGCGAGGAGCUGAGUGGGGGUCGUCUAAAGCCCAAGCCAAUUGAUGUUCAGGUGAUUACCCAUCACAUGCAGAGGUAUGCUGUAUGGUUCGGAGGAUCCAUGCUGGCUUCCACGCCGGAAUUUUACCAAGUGUGUCACACCAAGAAGGACUAUGAAGAGAUUGGGCCGAGCAUAUGUCGCCACAACCCCGUGUUCGGUGUCAUGUCCUAAUCCCGUGUGUCGACGCAUGUGUUUUGGAGGGCUGGUCUACAGUGCGUGUCAGGACAACGGCUGCCCAGGCUUGGAGGAGCUCAUUAAUGUCUCUUUGCACAGGUGGAACCCAGGCAGAAUCCUUUUGAUGAAAUAUUGUUGAAUAAAAGAACCGAGUGGCUUUUAGUUGUCUGUGCCCUGGUAUUCUGUCCUCUUCUGACAAUAACAUGCUCGUUCCUAUUGUUAUGGGUUGUGUUUGUUCUGUAGAACACGUGCGGUACAGGAAAACUGGGCCCCAAAUGCUGGACAUUGGGAUCAGCUUAUGUGCUUAGUGGGCAUUGUAGCCCCUGAGAGCCAAUGGGCUUCUCUCCCGCUUUGCCUUUCUGCCCUUUCUGGAUUCUAAGCGCUUUCUGUUUUCUAAUGAGGAUCGACUUCUGUAUAAUUCUAUAUGAUUCCACUCGCUGCCUGUGUAAGGUCCGGUAUUUGUUUUGUUUGGGGGGAGUUUCUUGGUUUUGUUUUGAAGCCGAAAAUCCAAUAAUAAAUACCAUGAUUUCUCUUCUUA